AUGUCCAUUACCUUGUCCAAGUAUCUGCUUGCCCGUCAAGUCUUUGGUGUCCCUGGCGAUUUCAAUCUCCACUUCCUUGAUAAUAUUGAAGAGGACGACCAGCUCGAGUGGAUCGGCGCCACCAACGAGCUGAAUGGUGCGUAUGCUGCAGAUGGCUAUGCGCGUGUCGUGGGUGCAGGCUUCUUUGUGAGUACCUGCGGCGUAGGUGAGCUGUCGGCCCUCAAUGCCUUUUGUGGCAGUUAUGCAGAGCAGAUUCCAGUCAUUCACCUGGUUGGUACGCCGUCCACGCAGCUCACCAAUAAGGGCCUUAUCCUGCACCACACGCUGGGGCCGCAGCACAAUCCAGAUACCUUCCCCAGAAUCUGGGAGACGUGCACGGUUGCGCAGGUCAAUAUGACUGAGCGAACAACGCCCAAAGAGAUUGAUGCAGCCAUUGAAGCUUGCAUUCGCAGAAAUCAACCCAUCUACAUUUCCCUGCCACAGGAUCUCGUCAAUCUCAAAUUUGAUGCAAAGGCUCUCGAAACGCCGCUCAAUCUUGAGCAGCCUGAAAACUGGCCCGAGGUAGAGCCUAUUGUUGUGGACCACAUCGUUGGCCUACUCAAGGAAAGUAAAGCACCUGUUCUCAUCAUGGAUGCUGGUGCGAACCGUGACCACAUUGAGGAAGAGUGCGACCAGCUCAUCCGUGCCUUGCCGAACGUGCCUUACUUCCAGUCUGCUAUGGGCAAGUCGAGCGUCAGCGAGCACUACCCAAAUUACGCCGGUGUCUACUGUGGCUCGCUUUCCUUGGAGUCGAUUGAAAAGACAUUCCAAGCUGCUGAUCUCGUCAUCUUUUUGGGUCACAUCAACGUCGACCUCAAUACAGGCUUCUUCUCCUGUGAUACGAGCAAGAUGAAGGUGGUUGAGCUGCACUCGACAUACACACUUGUGCGUGGUGGACGAUUCGAGCGUGUUGGCAUGAAGCGCAUGCUGCCUCAGCUCAUCAAGAAGUUGCAAAACGAAACCAUCACAAGUACUGUGCCAAUCCCAAAAGACUUGGCCUUGCCUCGUCCAAAGGAGCCUUCUGCAAAAGGUCUUGUCUCUUACCCAUUCUUUUGGUCGCGCGUUGAAGAAUACAUCCAGUCUGGUGAUGUCUUGUUUGCUGAACCGGGUACGUGUGGCUUUGGCUUGCUCGAUCUCAAGCUGCCGGAAAAGUGCAAGAUUGUCGCUCAGUACAUGUGGGCCUCCAUUGGCUUUGGUACUGCCAGUCUCGUGGGUGGUGCAGCUGCACGUACACGCCGUUGCAUUGGCUUCCUUGGUGAUGGUAGUUACCAAAUGUCGUUUGGAGAGCUCAGCACCGUUGUGCGGUAUAACUUGCCAUGCACCAUCUUCCUCAUGAACAAUGAAGGCUACACCGUGGAAAAGUAUCUGCACGGCGUCAAGAAGCACUACAACCAGAUCAACACGAAAUGGCGCUACUUGGAGACAAUGCGCUACUUUGGUGGCGAUAGCGAGUUGACGUGGCUAGUGGAUACAGAGGAGAAGCUCGUGCAGCUCUUCAAAGACCCCAAGUUCCUGCAGCGUGAAGGCUGCAAGUUUGUGGAGGUGCGUUUGCCUGAACUCGAUGGCGGCCGUCUCUUGACGCAAGUUGUGGUAAAGCAAGGACGUAUGGGAGAUGAUGGAGCGCCAAUUGACUACAACGAGGUUGGAAAGCCCUACUAG